UGCAGAAUCAAUGAAUCAGUACCACCAUGAUGUAUGGGCAAGUUCUCCACCAUCAAGGCAGAGAGGAAGAUCUUAUUAACCUCAAUGUUGGAGGCAUCCAGCACAAGGUGGAGCGCUGCGUUCUGCUCCGGUUCCCCAACACACGUGUGGGUCAGUUAGUCCAGUGCUGCAGCGAUGCCGCCAUCUUGGAACUCUGUGAUGACUACAUCCCCGCUGAGCAGGAAUAUUACUUCGACAGAAGCCCGCAAGUCUUCCACUGUGUUCUGAACUUCUACCGUACAGGACACUUUCAUGCUUUGGAGGAGCUGUGUGUGUUUUGCUUCAGUCAGGAGAUCGAAUACUGGGGCAUUGGUGAACUGGAUCUGGAAGCCUGCUGUCUUGAUCGGUUCCUUGAGCGCAAACACAACCGGGAGCAGAACGCGUGUGGCAGGUCUAGUAAAGCCACGUCGUCUGGAGAGAUCUCGGUUGUGGGGAGUGACCUGUGGAGGUUUGAGGGCAUGUGGUGUUCAGAUGCUCGAAAGUUCAUGUGGCAAACUCUUGAAGAUCCCAAUCACUCCAAGUGUUCCAAAGGUGUAGCUGCGGUUUCAAUCCUGGUCAUUUUGACCUCCAUUGUGGCCAUGUGUAUUCACAGUAUGCCAGAAUUCAGGUAUGCAACUGACAGCGAACAUUCUGUUCUGGACUCUCUGGAGCUCAUCUGUAACAUUUUCUUCUCAGUGGAAUUUGUUCUGCGAGUUGUAGCAGCACCUCACCCAUGGACGUUUUUGGGAAACCCUCUGAACAUGAUUGACUUGGCUUCUGUCUUACCUUUCUAUGUGACGCUGGCUUUUGAAAGUUUGAGCGAAGGGGAUGGGGAGGAAAACCAAAGUCUGUUCAACAUGGGGAAAGUGGUUCAGGUUCUCCGGUUAAUGAGGGCCUUUAGGGUCCUAAAGCUUGCUCGACAUUCAGAAGGGGUGAGAGCUUUUGGAGAAACUCUAAAGAAUUGCCAAUCCGAGAGAUGAAUGAUGUGAAGCCCUCAUGUGUUCAUCAUAAUGGAGCACAGAUAGUGAUCAAAUCUGAAGUUAUCUGCGUUUAACGCUUUCUUCAGUCUCAAAGUGCGGUCACACUAACCCCAUUUGAGAUGAAUGCAAUGCUGCAAUGAAUGUGGGCAACAAGAUAUGAUGUCACAUAGUUAUUCAUACAUACAAAUACAUUUGUAAUCGACCCAGGCUCGCUGGAAAAAUUAGUCUGUGGUGACAUUUCUGCAAAAUGAUAUAAUUCUCCUUCAAUUCAUGACUCUUUUAAAGUGAAUUGUUCUGUGAGUGAUGCUAAAAGUAUGUUUUGUUUUAACCAAAACAGAUGAACGUGAGUCUGGCAACAUUUCAUUACACUGCUUGUUGUACAUAUUGUGGGAGAUCGGAAAUUAAA